AAACUUCGGCUCAGAGCGAGUUGGAUUUUCCUUUCGGAAGCAUCGUCGGAUUCCAUUCAACCUUGUGUCGUCCUGUGACUGUGUUGAUAUAGAUAUAUAGGAUCUUUUCUUGUGCAUCCAGUUCGUUCAGAUUCUCGGUUCUGCGUACGACGAGUAAAAAUUAGACCCGCGAGUGACAAUGUUCUCCAGGUUAAGGCCACUGAAAAAUCAGCAGUCGUAAAGCUGUUUCUCUGAAGUUUGCUCAUUCAUCGAUUAAGUAUUGCAGUUUAUGUUUGUGCUUUUCAUCCAUCACAAAGAAAAUGGAAUGUAUUAUUGUUUACCAAAGAGGAAUGUUGUAGUUUAAUUUUAGAAGUGAAAAGUUUGUUGAGAAAAAAAAGUCAGCUGAAGAGCCAAACUAAGUGCUAAUCGAAAUAUUUCAUAUAACGGGUUGGUGAAAAUUGCUCCAUCAGUCAUUGGUUCCAGAAGUGUUCUCGUCGACUGCUAGCAACUAAAGGAUUAGAAAUGGUGCAAAAAUACGAAUCAUCCGUAAGAAUAUAUAAAUAUCCAUUCGAGCUGGUCAUGGCUGCCUACGAACGUCGGUUUCCUACAUGUCCCCAGAUGCCCAUUGUGUUGGACUGCGAGGUGAUCGAGGAUACGGCCAGUGAGGACGGAGCCAAACGGGAAACGAUACGACGCUGCAAGCUGGCCGUCGAGGCUCCGUACCUGUUCAAGAAGAUCAUCGGCGUGGAUGUGGUGUUCUUUAUUCAGAAAAAUUUUCUCGAUCUGAAAGCCCGCACACUGAACAUCGAAGCCGUCAACGAAACAUUUUCUUCGCGUAUCGAAAUCUUCGAGAAAUGUCGUUACUACGCUCAUCCGGAGAAUCCGGAUUGGACCUGCUUCGAUCAAACGGCAACACUGGACAUAAAGAACUUUUUCGGCUUCGAGCAUUCGAUGGAAAAAAUGGGCAUGAAACAGUACUCGCAGACAACUCAGAAAGGAAAGGAGAUUAUCGAGUGUUUCAUCAGCGAGCUAAAAAAAGAAGGGAUUACCCAUGUGGACAGAUGGAAAGAAGAUGAAUCGGUCGAGCCAAACGCUACCGCAACCACAGCGGUAUCAAAUUCCAGUGGGAAACCGCCCCUGUCUCGUGAUAAUAGCAUUCUGGACGCCGACUACAUUGCCAAACAUCUGGGCCACCUGACACCGUUGCAGGAAUCGCAGCUAGUUCAGUUUCGCAAAAAGAUCGAAGAGUCCACCGAUCAUCAUGCACCGGACUUUCAGACGUUGUUACGAUUUUUGCGGGCACGUGACUUCAGCAUCGACAAAGCAGCCAACAUGCUGCAAGAGUCGCUACAGUGGCGCGAGGAGCACCGAAUCGAUAGGAUUCUCAGCGAGUACAAGACACCGGUCGUGGUGGAAAAGUACUUCCCCGGUGGGUGGCACCAUCAUGACAAAGAUGGUCGGCCGCUCUACAUACUAAGACUGGGAAACAUGGACGUGAAAGGUUUGCUCAAAUCCGUUGGAGAGGAUGAGUUGCUAAAACUGACACUGCACAUUUGUGAGGAAGGUCUAAAAUUGAUGAAAGAGGCUACGACUACUUUCGGGAAACCCAUCGGAAACUGGUGUCUACUGGUCGAUCUAGAUGGCCUAUCGAUGCGGCACUUGUGGCGACCUGGUGUGAAAGCACUGCUCCGAAUAAUCGAAACGGUGGAGAAAAACUAUCCUGAAACGAUGGGCCGUGUGCUGAUUGUACGCGCCCCUCGUGUAUUCCCCGUACUGUGGACAAUCGUAAGCGCUUUCAUUGACGAAAAUACUCGGCCAAAGUUCCUAUUCUUCGGAGGACCGGAUUGCCUACAUACCGAAGACGGGUUAGAGCAUUACAUACCAACGGAAAGCAUCCCGAGUUUCUUGGGAGGAUCGUGCAACCAGCCAAGCAUUUCUACGGUGGCGGAACCGGUACCAACCAAACUGUACACCCGCUGCUUUCUCAGCGCGUGUCAUUGUACUCUCAUCCACGAGGGUGGACUGAUACCGAAGCACUUGUACAAAUCGGAUUCGGCCGAAGAAAACAACGGAGUGCCCCACGGCCAUGACCACCACGGACUGUAUAAAUCAGUUGAUCUCAAACCGGGCCAGAUAUUCGAACUGAUCAUCAAAAAUACCGACCCGAAAUCGGUGCUCACGUGGGACUUUGAUGUACUCAAGAAUGACCUGCUGUUCGGAUCAUACCGCACCGAUUCGUGGAUCGAACAGGGUUUCAACGAUUUAACCGUUUCAGAUUCAUUUUCGUCCGUGUUUGAUUCGAAAGAGUUCAAAGAAGGUGUCAACUACUUCAAGCUGGAAGACAAAGUGAAAUGUAAUCCAAAAGAGGGCGUACAAGGCUCCCACGAAAUGGCCACGGCCGGUACCUACGUACUACAGUGGAUGUGUCCGCCCUCCUGCGACGGUCCCGCUCAGCUAAUGUACUUUCACGAAAUCCUCAGUUCGGCCAAUUAUAAGGGCUCUAUGACUAGUCUGCAGUCGGGAUUCUCCUCCAACAGUCUGCAAUCUCGAUGAGUGUUAACGCAAGAGACUGAUGUCCACCAUCCUGUAACGGGUGGGGAUGGAGCAGCAUAGCCCUAUUCCCUGAAAACGAAAACUCUUUAGGUUAAACGUACGAAACAAUCGCAUCUGGAGAAAGCGCAUGAAGCAACGGCAGGUUGUGCAUUGAAACAUUGAAAAUUCGCAACAAUAAGCAAACAAUCUAAUUCAAGAAUCUUUUAGCAAAGGGAAAGGGAUUUCUCAGUAGUCAUGUAAGGUAAACAAAUUCAAAUCAAUUAUCGUAAGGGGAAUUUAGAAAACUGUAGGACGAAAGUAUUUCAUAAGAUGGUAUGUCCUUGCAAACUGAUAUGUAAGACAAUAUCGAAUCCUUACUAUAGCAGUGUUGUUUCCAAAUGCGCUUUAAUGACUCUACACGCAAAUCAAGAACAUAGCUUAUAACUGGAAUAGAAAAACGCAUGCGAAUUAUUUUUAUACAACUCACUAAUAUGGAUUUCGCAAUAUAUAACAUAAUGUGUUUCAGAUAAAAGAAUCAACAGAUAAACCGAACAAAUCAUUGUCUACAAGAAAAAAAAACAUUAAAGUAAAAAAUCUACAGAUGGUAUAGGUUGCUGAUGGAAAACCAUAUUUUUUAGAUAUUUGAACCAAAAGCAGAGCAGAAAAUCUAUCCAAAUUAUUUGAUGUACAACUUUUAACAUGAAACUGAAGUAAAAAAACGGUACCUCACACCAAUAAACCACACCGCCAAGUAGCAUCUAUGAGGCUAGCAAUCGUUAUUCACCGUGUUUUCUAUGUUCCGAGGUUUGCGAAUCGUUUCAGAAUCUCUUUUUAUGGUAAUGCAAUUUAUUCAGCUGUAUCUUCAUUGAUAAAGAGAAAAAUAAACACAACUAGAAAUAGAAUAUUGCGUUUUGUUAGAGUACUUUUAGUCACGGGUAGUUGGAUAGUACUAUUGUAAUGUUUGUAAAUAAAUUCCUGUGAUAAAAUGUUUUUCGUUCAAGUACAGAAUCGUAAAGUCGACAGCAAAAAAGCAAAAUAUCAGAGGUAUACGGACCUUUUAUUUUCAUCAACAGAGCCACUAUUUUAUUUAGUUCAAUUUUUUUUAGUUGUAGUCCUGAGCUUAUUCUCCCCAUAUCACGAAAGUCGUGUGAAUACCAGAUUCCAACUAUCAGAUGCAAAAAAAAUAUCUAAAAUUUCUUGAUAAAAGCAUACCUACCUACAAACAAAAGUGAGACAUUCACACAUUUUGGUCAUAGUCGAAACUAACAAAAAUAGUGCUUGCAAAAUUAUUAGAUAUAUCAAUGUUAAUCAACAGCCAUGAAACUGUUCUAUACAUUAAGAAUCGAUUGCUGUUUUAUCGAGCUAAACAAAAAAGUUACUUAACAGCUAUUGAUUCAAUUUAUUCUAUACUCUGUUGCUAUUGAAAACUGCAUGUUAAUAUACUUUGAUACUUGAAAUAGAAUGAAAAUUAUACAAGCAAAAACACGGCUACAAAAUGCAAGUAAGCUUGAACCCUGAGUGUAUAUCCAAAAUAACAGGCUUGCUGAAAGCUGAUUUAUAAGAAACCCUUUCGACAUCUUCAUCUAAAUAAAUGCAAGUUUUUCUACUGCUCGGUCUAUCUAGGUAGGUAUCAGAUUCGGUUUCUAAUGUUUCAAGCUAAGUUAUUGAGAUUAAACACAAACAGAAAACAAUUCGAAUGCAUAGAAUCACAAAGGUAAUUUAUUUAAGUUAAUGUACACAUCAAACACGUGGAAAAUUAACUGGAUAAUGGUGUUGUGAAAAUUAGUGAAAAAAAAGAUGAAAUAAAUAAAAUCAAGUAUUAUUGUCUAAAUAA